AUGUCUUCAACGCCACCGAAAACGUUCCAGGGCUGGGUCGCUCAAGAUGCUACCAGCCCUUUAACAUUCACCAGCUUCGAACCCAAGCCCUUUACCGAAACAGACAUCGACGUCCGAGUUUCUCACUGUGGCAUCUGCGGGACAGACAUCCACACUCUCCGCUCCGGCUGGGGCCCUGCAGACUAUCCCUGCGUCGUCGGCCAUGAGAUCAUCGGCACGGUUGUCUGCGUCGGCUCCGGCGUCUCAACACUCGCGUCCUCCCAAGCCUCCCGGGAGCUCAAAGUCGGCGACCGCGUCGGCAUCGGCGCACAGAGCAUGUCCUGCCUGCGGGCAGACUGCGAGGCGUGCGCCGACGGCCGCGAGAACUACUGCGCCCGCAUGACAGGCACCUACAACAGCCGGUACGCCGACAAGAGCAAAGCGCACGGCGGCUUCGCCGAGUUCUGGCGCGGACCCGCGCACUUCGCCUUCAAGAUCCCCGACGCGCUGCCGUCCGCCGAAGCGGCGCCCUUGCUCUGCGGCGGCGUGACGGUGUUCGCGCCGCUGCUGAAACACGGCGCAGGGCCGGGGAAGUCGGUUGGCAUCGUCGGCAUCGGUGGCCUAGGCCACAUGGGGAUUCUGUUUGCGCGGGCACUUGGCUGCGCGCGCGUGGUGGCGAUCUCGCGCUCAUCGAGCAAGCGCCGCGAUGCGGUCGAGGGGCUUGGUGCGGAUGCGUUCAUCGCCACGGACGAGGAGAAGAAGUGGGCGCGGACACACGCGCGAUCGCUCGACCUGAUCAUCUGCACCGUCGACGCGCCGGAUAUGCCCCUGGUGCAGUAUCUGCGGCUGCUCAAGGUGGACGGGACGUUUGUGCAAGUUGGGGCGCCGGAGUCGCCGCUCCCGCCGCUCACAGCGUGGUCGCUGAUCCAGAAAGGGGUCAAGGUGACGGGGUCCAAUAUCGGAUCUCCCGGGGAGAUUAGGAAGAUGUUGCAGUUGGCUGCUGAGAAGAGGGUGUUGCCGUGGAUUCAGCAGCGGCCAAUGCGCGAUAUCAAUGCUGCGUUGGCUGAUAUGGAUGCUGGGAAGGCGCGGUAUCGCUACGUGCUUUCGAACGAGACGGAGCUGCAGUCAAAAUUGUAG